GCACACAGACUUCAUUCAGCCCACAAACCUCCACUCCCCUCGCUAGUCCUGAACAGACAGUUGACGACGAUGAUGAUGAUAAUGCCACUGUCAUCAGUGACUUGUCGUGGGUGCCCGAAGAGCCGAUGGAUGAGGAGGAAUUGUUUGAUGAGGAGCCACCUUACACGUGUGACCCCCACCACAAUUGCAUUGACAAAUUCAUUGUUUGCCAAGAGGAGCUGAUGGGCCUUUUUGCCAUCUGUCCGGCCUGUUGUGAGAGGUCGGAUAGUAGCAUCGUGCAGCAGGAAGGAACUUUGGUUAAGAUCAAGCAGGUCUGUGCAUCAUGUGGCUACCACCGUUUCUGGCAAAACCAGCCAAUGCUCCACAGGAACAUGCCAACCUGCAACCUCCUGUUAAGUGGGGCCAUUCAUUUUACUGGAUGUUUGGCCACACAGACACUAAGAAUGUUGACCCUGUUUGGCCUGCAGUGCAUCAGUGCCAGCAGUUUCUUUCGCCAUCAGCGCCACUACACCAUCCCUGUAAUCGUUCAGGCCUGGCAGAAUGAUCAAGCCAAGAAUUUUAGUGACCUACGGGCAAUGGAUGGCGGGCUAGUUCUUGCUGGUGACUGCAGGUCAGAUUCUCCUGGGCACUGCGCAAAGUAUGGGUCAUACUCUCUGAUAGAGGACAGAGUGAACAAGGUGGUGGAUGUUCAGCUUGUUCAGGUAAACCUGAUGUUAUUAGACAAAGAAAUGAACUCUGCAAUUUGGUAAAAGGAUUGUAUCUUAAUAUAACAUCUUUCCACUACAACCAUGCAUAGAGCUUUAUUGUGUAUUGCGGCAGUGCUGUAGCGAUGCGUCGAUGACGUCGACGUCAAAAAUUCGUCGACGUCAAAUUUCUCCGUCGACGAUUUUCGACGGAGAAAUGGACGAAAGUCACAAUAAAGGAAAAUGUCCGCGCACGAAAUCAUCAAAGGUAUGGAAAUACUUCAAGUUAAGUCCUAAACGGAAAGGAGUUGUGAUUUGCAC